AAUGAAUAUUGAUCCAUUUAAUCUAUUUUAUGAGGAAUUCAAAUAUAAAUUAAAAAAACACAAUAUCCAAUGUCAUCAUCUUGAAACACAGUAGCUAGCUAAAAAAGAAUGGGAAUAAAUGAAUGAAUAAGAAAAAUAUCGAUUUGUAUACAUGUCAAAUAGAUAACAAGAGGCAUAUUUAAAUUUCCAAAACAAAAUUGCAAUCAAUUAAGAAAAUCCUAAAUAACCAAACAAAAUGACUAAACAAGAUUAGAAAAAUAUUAAAUAUCAAUUUUAAAUCAAUUAUUGUAAAAAUGAGGAUUGUGAAACUUAAGCAAAUAUUCUUGAAAAAGAACUCUUAAAUAUAAAUAAAAAUAUAACUAUAAAUCGUUAUGCAUUAAUGGGAAAUUUUGGGGCUGUUAGUUUAUUUGGAAUAUAAGAAAAAAGACAGUCUGUAUUAAUUUGGCAUACAUUAAUUAAUGGUCCUAUUUUAAAGAAAUCUUAAUUAAAAAAGUUGAAUAUAAAAGUAUAGAUGUUUCUCACUCCUUGA